CUCAGCCCCAAAUGGUCACGGCCUCCUUUUGCUUGCAUCGGCCGUCGACGAAUUGCACGUCGCACACUAAUAAUAGUUCCCAAGCACCGCAACCCAUCGUCACUCUGGCAUAUUGAUUGCGAUUGCGAAUGCGAUUGCUGAGCCAGAGGAAAACAAGCAACCGGCCGUUCGCCUCCCAUUCCAGAAGCUCGCCCAGAAGGCGUCAGAAGGUUAUGCUAUGCGGGUGCGGGCAUCCUCGCUACCUACUCUCCCACUACCAGCUGAGAUCCCAAAGCGGAAGUGCUCCAAUUUCCCCUUAACCCCCUCUGCACAGUGCACAGCCAGCUGGAAGCCCCUCUUUGACUGCUGCCGCUGUCAUUAUUUCUGCGAGUGCACGAGGGAUAUCGUGAGCAAUGCCCUUUGGAAUCCAUAAACACAGCAAUCGCUCAAGACAGGCGUUGAACGAUCCGGCGCUGAGCAGCGCGCCUUUAAACCCGCCAGUGGGACCUUCAGGCCACCUGCACCAGACCCCUCCAAGAUCGUUCGGCUCUCGCUCAGACGACCUGGAAAUCGAUCCUUUUCAGCAACCCAAUACACCCAGCCCAGAGGGCCAUUACCAGCCCUAUAACCAGUCCCAACCGUCCGCACCUGAAUCCGGCGAUCCUCGAUCCUUCCAACACUCCAACUCGCCUUCCUCGGGUCCCUCACGGUCGCAGUCCACAAGAUACUCGGUUUCUUCGAGUGCCUAUCAACACCUCAGCAGUCCCAGUUCGCAGGCGGGCGCCUCAGUCGACGACCUGCUCCAGCUCGACGCCCACCGGCUUCAGGAGCAGCAGUACCAGCAUCAACAGCGGGCACAUGAGCAGCAGCAGUACGAACAACAGCAACAGGCUCUGCACCAGCAGCAGCGAACGGAUAGCCAGCGAUACGACCAUCAGCGGUACACGCAGCCCGCCCCGCAACCGCCUGCCGAACACAAGAAAAGCAAAUCCAUCUUUGAUCGUAUGCGCUCUGGUCGAGAAAACCGGCUAUCACAAGAAUUAAACAAGCCGCCUCCCGCCUCUUAUAACAACUCCAACUCGAGUAGUAGUGGCCUCGUCCGUCGACUCUCCAAACGCCAAGAGAAUCCUCCGCCCAUACGUACGGUACAGCAGAACAGCUCUCUGGACCAUCGCCUCUCCUCGGCGCGGAAUUCACGAUCACAUCUACCCUCACCUCAAGAGUUCAGUGGGAACAACGGCAGUGACUUGGAUCCACACCUGAUCCGCGAGACCGACCAGCAAACCUCCCACAGCGCGACACAAGAGCUAGGCCAGCACCAGAUCAUACGAGCUGUGGAGAGUGAAGGAGAGCCAAACGUGUAUCCUGUAAGCGAAGACGGUCACCAUCAAUAUCAAUCACUUACCCAGCCACAGCAAACAGCCUACCCAGGUCAACAUCAACCUGAUUCGGGUACACAGGGUCACUACGAAAUACAAAAUCACGGGCACCCCCAACAUCACUUUAGUCUUCAACCAGGGUUUAUUUCUCACGAUCCUUUUCGCCAACAGAACUCAGAAACAGUAUCCCAGCUGUCCUACGACUCGCCAGUCGAACAAAGAGACGACCAGCAACGACCUCCCUCAGUACAAUCGAACGGUCAAUCUCCUACUAGUUUCGGACCCUCACGUGUACCGCAGUACCCCGAUCGCACAACCUCAAUUCAAGGCACACGCCCAUUAUCUCAAGCAACUGUGAUGGCCCCAACUUCUGGAGCGUCGCAUCAGAAUCGCAGAUCUGCAGACCCAAAAUCUAUUCAAGUCCCCCAAGGACAAGGCGAAACGAGGGAUGCACCGCCAACUUAUACAAGAGGUCAAAACUACCCUAGCAAUCAGCCUCCUACCCCAGGUCUAGGGCCUCCAUCAAGCUCUCAAGGUCCAAAUUAUAGAGGGGGACCCCCUCAAAGGGAUCAGUAUGGCACUGCUACACCUAGCGGAGAGCAAGGUCGAAGUACCCCGCCUCCACAGCCAGGGCCAGAUGUUGCAGACGCAUAUAAGGAAUUACGUAAGUUGCAAUAUUGAAUGUCCAUUUGGCAUAGUCUAAUCAUUUUGCAGAAAUCAAAUACAAGAAAGUAAAAGGUUUAUAUUUCGACAAGACAGCACAGGUAGAGCAGUUGCAAAAUACACUAGCCAAUCAACGUCUCUCGCAAUCACGAACCUCCCUGGAUGAUAGUGAAUACAUGACCCGAUUUCAACGCCUUGAUGGAGCUACGACAAAUCUAGCAUUCAAUAUCCGGAAAGAUUGGAGAUCUGUGCCGCCAUGGUUGUCACAAUACGUCAAUCAGGAUGCGAUGAAAAUUGGCAAACAGGAGAUGACGGCUGUUGGUAGAGCCUGCAUAACAAAAUUUCUUGUGGAUGAUGUUUUCAAUCGAACAUUUCAUCCUGGUCUCGAGACUGGGUUGAGCCUCAAUUUGAGGACCAUUGAACAGAAUAUCCGAAGAUUCUCACCAGCCCUCAAUAACCAAGAAGAAUCAGAUGCAUUAACUUCAAAGGUUGUACAAUGGAGGCUCGCAACUCUUGAAGGCUUGCGAGAUGUCCUUAGCUCUCCCGAGAGUGAGGAUCAUCGUAGGGACUUUUCCCGGGCUGCUACAACGAGAUUGACAGCUUCUUUGAUCAACUAUCUACAGGAGCCCAUACCUGCAGGACUUGAAGACAGUGCUGCUAUGAUCGUUGAAUUGGCUGUUAGUAUAGCUGCGAACUUACCGCUAGAAAGCAGGGAUCUGUCUAUAAGCUACCCAAUGCCCGGUGAUCUGCUUCAAACGUUCUUGAUGAAGGUUGAAACUGGUAUUCCACCUCUCGACCACCCAGGCGCCGACACAAAUAGCGAGAUUGACGCUUCAAGUACGGGAAGUGGAGACCGAGAUGAAAAAGAGUCAGAUGGUGGAAAAAGAAAAGAGAAAAAGGGCGGAAUGUUGCAAGCUAUGAUGGGAGGAUCUUCCAGCGGAUCUAGUGGAAAGAAACCAAGCAUCAGCUCGCAAGGUGGUAUUGAGGGCCCUAGCGAGAGCAAGAGUAAGGUUUCUAGCGAAGAUGGAACGCAGAAGGUUCGGUUUUCCGGUUUUGUGGGACUUGAGGUUAGGGGACGGCAGGUUCUAGGUAAAGCGCCAGUUUGGACAGUUGGAUAGGUGGGAUAGAUAAUGAGGGAUGGCAAUCUUUUUUGGGUUUGGGAUUUUGGAAAGAGGGGGAAAAUGGAAAGAAUGGAGAUUUUUGUUCUGGUUGAUCUCGGCCAUUGAUGGGAAAUACUGGCAUGUAUGCUGGCCGAGAGCUUUCAGGGGUCUCCGAAAUUCUACUUCAACAGGGCGAAUCCUUGUGGUAGAAAGACUAUGGUCAUUUAUGAAAAGGGAGGGGGUUGGGUUGGAAGGAAUAUGGAUUGAGAUGAGAGACCGAUAGAAAGAUUCUAUCCUUUUCUGAUUCGAUAUCACGUGUCUAUGAGGUUAUGAAAUUCUUCAGAGAUACUAUCAAUUCGAAAUCUUUCUUACCCAUUUGACUCUUUUGUUUUUCCACUUA